CCUCCUCUUCUCCAUUUCCUUCUUUGUCACUCCUAUUCGUUGGUCGUGUAACGAACCGUUUACGGCAAUGGAAGUUUUUGAAUUUUGGAAUUUGACAUUGCACCGUUCCGUUCAUCGUUUUUAACACGUGUGUUAUCAUCUUUCUAACCUCUGGCUUACAUAACACGAAUUAUGCCGUCCGACGCAAAAAAAAAGCAACAGCAAAAAAAGAAGGAAGCGGCCAAGGCUCGACAAUCAGGAAAGAAACCACCCCAAACUAAUCAGAACAAGGGUGUGGAGGAUGGAAAAGAAUCCAGUCCUGGAGUAGGAGUCAUUCAAAAUGGAACUAACGGAACACCUAUCAGUGCUGAAGAGGCACUAUGCUUAAAACUAGAAGCGGAUGCCAGAUUAAAUGCAGAAGCACGCUCUUGUACAGGAUCAUUAGCUUCACACCCACGAAGUCGAGAUAUAAAAAUAUCUAAUUUUUCUAUUACUUUUCAUGGCUGUGAACUACUACAAGAUACUAUGUUGGAAUUGAACUGUGGGAGACGAUAUGGCUUGCUUGGACUUAAUGGCUCUGGCAAAUCUACUUUAUUAGCUGUACUUGGAAAUCGAGAAGUUCCUAUUCCUAAUCAAAUUGAUAUCUUUCACUUGACUAGAGAAAUGCCCGCUAGCAAUAAAACAGCUUUAGAAUGUGUAAUGGAGGUAGAUGAAGAUCGUAUACGAUUAGAGAAGCUGGCAGAAGAAUUAGUAGAGUGUGAAGAAGAAGAUGCACAAGAACAGUUAAUGGAUGUCUAUGAAAGGUUAGAAGAUAUGUCUGCUGAUACAGCAGAAGCACGAGCUGCUCAUAUUUUACAUGGUUUAGGUUUUACUGCAAAGAUGCAAAUGACACCUACCAAAGAUUUCUCUGGAGGUUGGCGCAUGCGAAUUGCUCUUGCAAGGGCUUUAUAUGUGAAACCUCAUCUAUUGUUACUCGAUGAACCUACCAAUCAUUUAGAUCUUGAUGCUUGUGUAUGGUUGGAAGAAGAAUUGAAAACAUACAAAAGAAUUUUGGUCAUCAUUUCCCAUUCACAAGAUUUCCUCAAUGGUAUCUGUACAAAUAUCAUUCAUGUCAAUAAAAAACAGUUGAAAUACUACAGUGGUAAUUAUGAAGCCUUUGUCAAGACAAGAAUGGAAUUACUAGAAAAUCAAGUGAAACAAUAUAAUUGGGAACAGGAUCAGAUCGCACACAUGAAGAAUUACAUAGCACGAUUUGGUCAUGGCUCUGCAAAAUUAGCAAGACAAGCACAAUCAAAAGAAAAGACACUGGCAAAAAUGGUAGCACAAGGCCUCACAGAAAAAGUAGUCAAUGACAAAGUACUGAAUUUCUAUUUCCCCUCUUGUGGAACUAUUCCACCUCCUGUUAUAAUGGUUCAGAACGUUAGCUUCCGUUACAACGAAGAUUCGCCUUGGAUUUAUAAAAACUUAGAGUUUGGAAUAGAUUUAGAUACCAGAAUUGCAUUAGUUGGUCCAAAUGGAGCUGGGAAAAGUACUCUCUUAAAAUUAUUGUAUGGAGAUCUAGUUCCAAGUUCUGGUAUGAUACGUAAAAACAGUCACCUUCGAAUCGGGAGAUACCAUCAGCAUCUACAUGAAUUAUUAGAUCUAGACAUGUCGCCUUUAGACUAUAUGAUGAAGGCCUUUCCAGAUGUCAAAGAAAGGGAAGAAAUGAGAAAAAUUAUUGGUCGUUACGGAUUAACCGGCCGCCAACAAGUAUGUCCAAUAAGACAAUUAUCUGAUGGCCAACGUUGCAGAGUAGUUUUCGCAUGGCUAGCUUGGCAAGUGCCUCAUUUAUUAUUGCUUGAUGAACCAACCAAUCACUUGGACAUGGAAACAAUUGAUGCUUUGGCUGAUGCAAUCAAUGAUUUUGAUGGUGGAAUGGUGCUUGUAUCUCACGAUUUCAGAUUAAUCAAUCAGGUGGCAGAAGAAAUUUGGGUUUGUGAAAAUGGUACAGUGACAAAAUGGAGUGGAAAUAUUUUGGAUUACAAAGAACAUUUGAAGACUAAAGUUCUGAGUGAUAAUCAGAAGAGACAAAAAGAAAUGCACAGAAGCAAAUAAUCCGAAUGAUGUAUAAUCUACACUGCUCGAUUUUUUUUUUAAGCAUAUUUUUUCUCCCUUCGUUAUAGUAAGCUGCAACUGUCCUCGUUUUUUCGGACAUUUCUUCGUAUCCAUCACUGAACUUUGCGCUGCUGUGUAGCGUUUAUCAGUGAUCGAAGAUUUUUUAGUUAAUUUAUUUAAACGAUGAACAGCGAAUUACUCUGUAACAACUGACGAAAUCAACUCAUGGUGAAGUUUCCCCAUAUUAAUAAUUUAGAGAU